GCGCGCCGCGCACGGGAACAUUCAGUUCAGCAUCUCUCCAUCUUUCCAAGGACAGACAGCGGACUGCCUCUGUUCACAGAGGGGAAACGUUACUGCGCUGCAGCUGGGAGUAGAAAUGUAAGAGCUGGAAAGGAGCAACACGGCGGACCGAAGCGGUCAGUGAUGACAACACCAAAGUACAAUCUGAAAACACCCAGAUCAUAACCGCAUCACCAUGGCAACGGGAACAAAAGGCUCCACGUCCAAAGCAGGCGGGGUUCGUUUCCCUGACGAUGACGAACCUCCAGGUUCUCCGACCCGCAGGGACGACCAGUCCAACCUCUCCGCCCUCGUUGCUGUCCAAGAGAAAGAUGGAAGCUACUUGGUUAAGGCCGGUUUCCUUAAGAGUCACCACUGCUAUGAGAUUGUCUUCACUGUCCCAGAUGUGCCCAGUCUGGGCAAGGAGCUCACCUGUCUCCCGUCCCUCUCUCCGACUCGGCGGGCCCAGAACCUCCGGAUCCAACGCAUUAACUCCAUGCUGGAAGGAGGAGUGAAGGUGACAUGUGAGUACAGGACUCACCAGGAAGGAGUUGUCCAGGAGGAGAUGACUGUUUCGGCUAAAGGACGAAAAGACAGCAGCUUGAAGAUCAGACUCCAGGCCAAAAUCAUUGACCCUCACCAUGGGACCCCCAUGCUGCUGGAGGGGGUCCGGUGCCUGGGGGCCCAGAGAGACCCCCACGCCAGGCGCAGCAGCGAGCGGAAGAGGAUAUGACAAAAACAGACUCAAAGCCACUAUCUUUAUACAUGUAUAUGAAGAUGUAAUAAUUAUUAUGUUACAGGGUCAAGGCUCACAGUGGGCUGCGGAAACGGCCUCAUGUGUGUCCCUGUUUACAAGCCGUCAUGGAUUUGUUAUGCUGUUAAAAGUAUUUAUUGAAACAGUGGGAAUGAUGCAGCAUGUUGAAUUUCCACUGUAGUUAUGCUGGAUUAUGGCUCUAAUAUACAUAUAAAAUGUUUACGUAAUGAUUCCACUGCUGUGAAAAAGAUGAGCUAGUUACACUCUGCACUUUUUUGGUUUUGUUUGAUAAGCCACGAAGCCUCCAUGCUGGAGAGGCUAUAAAACCAGCAUGAACAGUAGCCAGCGUACGAUCUAUCACCCAAACCUGCAAUCACUGCCAGGCGAAAAUCAUCAUCAACAUCAUCAUCAUCAUCAGCAGCAGCAGCAGCAGCAGCAGAUGACAUCACAGUCAUAAAGACAGCAAUCCAUCAGAGGGACCAAAAUUAAAGGAGACCUAUCAUGCAACAUUUAUAUUUUGCAUGUUUUUGCACUUCCAUUUGGGUUUCUACUGCUUCUAAAAACAGACCAAAAAAUACUCAGCAGUUUUUUUAGCAAUACGUUAAUAUUUUUGGUGUCUGGAAAAUGAGCCAUUUCAAAAACCUCCAGAAUGUGGCGUCACAAAUCAACAGGCACUACCUGUUACCUGUUAUUUGGAGUUAAGGUGACAGACGCCCUAAAACAGCUCAAACUAGGCAGAACUGAUCAGACUAAAAUCCAUUUUUCUUGUGCAGAAAACGUAAUGAACAUGUUUCGUAUUGCUGACAGAUCUAUCCUAACCUGUUCAAGGAAGCACAAUAGGCCACCUUUAAGAAACUGUAUGCAGUUUGGUUUGUAAGUGUAACUCAUUAUCUUAUAUUUAACAGAAAGUUGUUAGAGAUUAAAUAAAAUUUCUGAUGAUUGCACAUUACAUUUAGCUCACUGCCAAACAUAUAAAGUCGUACAUUUGACUUUUCUGUUGAGGCAGCCUGGGACUGCUACAGCAAUAUUCACCUGUCUGUUAUCAAACCUUUCCAGAAAAUCACAGAUUCCUUCAUGCAACACAGAGGCUUACGUUUCCUUUAACUAGAGUCUGUUUGUGUGAAUUUAACUGUCUUAUAGUAAAGUUGUUUAUUUUUUAAGUAUUUAUCUCAAGAUAUGUCAGUGCAUGGUUGUGUUGCAUUUCCCACCAACUCAAAGAGCAGAGUCCUUUUUAUUUUACUAUUAUCCAGAAUAAAGUCUUUUAAUUUGAAGAGCAAAAUAAUUACAUAUGGACUUUAAAAACAUUAAAUUGCAUCUGUUUUAUUAAAACAAUUUUCUGUGAAUAAUCAGAACCAGAAUUAAAUACAGAAAACCGGUGAUUUUUUAAAUACACUGGGACAAUCUGAUCACUACCAUUCAUCCUGUAACAGUGCCUAAGGAUAAACAUUAUUUGCAAAGCUAAAUUAUUACUUUAAAUAUUACUUAAUUCAAUAAAAUAGUCCUCAGUUGAAACAC